AUGCACGUCGUUAACUUUUUUUGGGUUGAACGCCUAAAUGUAUUAUAUGAGAGGAAUUGGACGAGAUUGGUCCACGAACAGCUUCGCAAGUUUGAGUCUUCCAUAGUAGCGGCCGCGAGGCAAGCAGACGUGCGGUCUCCAGAACUGGUGCUUGAUACUAAAUGGACAUUUUCUGGAUCUCUCAUAUAUUGCAUCACGUUAAUAACUACAAUAGGAUAUGGGAACGUUUCACCACGAACUGCUGCAGGGAGAGCAGCUACAGUUGCAUAUGCAGCAGCAGGAGUACCCUUGGCGUUGGCCUGUUUGGCUGGACUCGGCGCUUCAUUGGCAAGACUCGCUCGAUUAGCUUGGCUUCGAGCUACAAAAGAUAAAGUGCCUAAUACAUGGCGGAAAGAAGAGAUGGAGAAUCAUUUUCAACUGCACGAGCAACAAAGAUUGCUUCCUCAGCCAAUAGAGAACAACCAAUACACGUCGUUUCCACCAAGAACCAACCGAUCUCCUGGGACUGUAAUGGUUAGGGCUGGGGAAAAAGGCCAGUACUCGCAAGUAUUUGAAAAGGCGCCGGCAAGUCCUAGAUCAGCAACUUUAGGUCGAAUGAAGCGGAGUACUUUUAUCGAUGAACCACAUACUUCAUCCUCGUUACAAACGCAAACCUUAGACAGAAAGAAGACUAUAGGAAACACAAAAUGUAUGGCCACAGUACAUAGCCCUAACAGAGGUCUCCCCAGGGGAAGAAUAAUUCAACGACCUCGAGGGCCAGUUAUUGACCAACUGAUUGCUGAAGAAUGCAGAGAAGUUCAUCACAGAAGCCAGGAAGAUCUUGAAGACUCUGAAGAUGCUGAUGAAUCAAUCUGUCCCCACGAUACACCAUCCCGAGUGCCUUUAAUCUGGAAUCAAGAGAACAAACAGAAGAGCUGCGCUGUUCCUAGCAGCAACACUAUGAGUAUCCAGCAUAUUCACAUAGAACACUGCCACAUUCCCGUCAGUAUAGUUCUCUUCCUCCUAUUGGGCUACAUUUUCAUUGGCGCAGCGAUCUUCUCAACUUGGGAGAACUGGAGUUUCCUAGACGCCGCCUACUUCUGUUUCAUAGCUUUAGCUACUAUAGGCUUCGGUGAUUUCGUUCCUACGAGCUUUCUAAUUUCAAAACCAAACGUAGAGUAUUCAAAAAGCGAAUAUAUACAAAUGAUUGCGUGCUGUGCAUAUCUGGUGUUUGGGCUCAUAUUGAUAGCAAUGUCGUUCAGUCUUCUUCAAGACGAGGUUGUAGCGCGUUGUUCACAGUUAGCAAACAGUUUGGGAUUAUCGCGUCAAUGA